AUGAGUAAAGCAAGAAGCUGGAAAUUUAUUUGUAAAGGUUUACCGUUUUUGGCAGUUGGUGGUUCCACUUUAUUACUCGCAUAUAAAAUACAACAAAUCAAAUUUGAAUUCGGUCCAUCCUCUUGCACACUUGCUGACGCUGAAGAAAUUAAACAGUUUCUGAAUACGGAGGGAAUUAGCAAACAACAGGAAAGUGUAGAGACGAUUUAUCAGAAACUCGUCAAGGAAGAGGACGACAACUGGGAAAAUAUUCGAGGACCACGUGAUUCGGAAGACAAUAAAGAAUUUCUACAGUUAAACUUACCAACAACUGAUGGCAGGAUAGGCUCGUCUGGUGACUUCAGUGAAGCACCACCACCUCCGCCUGGCUUUCCAAAUACAAGUAGGGAAGCUGUUCGAGGUAGUGAGCGAACACCUGUAAUCUCAUCUCCUGCAGAAUCCGAUUUCCCGUGCUCUUCUGCAAAUGAAAGAGUAAAUAUUCAAAUCAUUGCCGACCCUACUAUUGAUCAUCAAACAAAUUUUCCAUCGUCUUCUAUACAUACAGGUCAGAGUCAAUUAAUACAGCCUGUAUUAGACCCAGCAAGUUCUUCUAUAUCUUCCGUGGAAACUGCUGUGCCUACUCAACCAUUUUAUGUUCCAGCGGUUCCAGAUUUCAGUCAGGAAACGCUCUAUACGGCUGCUGAAUCUUCUCAACCGGUCGCUGGGGCCAGUUGUUCGCAUCCUGCUGAUCCAGAAAAUAAGGAGGAUCUUGUGGAUCCCGCUUUGCUGGCUGAAAUACUGCAGUUGGGAUUUGAAGAAGUUAUUGCUGUUUUAGCUAUAUCAAAAACAAAAGAAAUUGGUGGAGCUGAAGCGGCGAUAAAUUGGAUCUUAGAACACAGCAACGAAAGUGAUUUUGAAUCGGACGAAGAGCAGAAUUCAAUGGGCGGAGUCCAUUCUACAAGUGCCAUAAAUAGGCAGCAUAAAAUGGUGUUCGUUGUUAAUAUGAGCCUUAAAAUGGGGGCAGGGAAGUUGGCUGCGCAAGUCGGUCAUGCAACACUCGGUGUUUAUCGGCUUGCUCAAAGAAGCGAAGAUGGACUACAUGCAUUAGAUGCUUGGAGAAUAUCAGGAGAAAUGAAAGUAGUUGUUAAAGGUCAUAACACUGAAAUGCUUCUCGAUUUCUUUAAACAAGCGAAAGACUUGGGUUUAUUUACUUACAUUGUGUCCGACGCUGGGCGUACGCAGAUUCCUACUGGCUCACGGACUGUUCUUGGCAUCUUUGGUCCAACCCACUUAGUUGAUUUAGUUACUGGCGAACUGAAACUUUUGUGA